AUUGGUUUUUUUUUUUGGAAAACUUUUCAAAAUAAAAAGUUUUUUUCAAAAUUAUGGAGUCAAUGCGUUUUUUUCGUACAUUAAAGUAUCCUAUUAGACGUUAUCAUCAAAUUCUACGCUAUCCUAAAAAUUUAUCAGUUGUAAAACGUUUCUUCAGUAGUGAAAAAAAGAGAGUGAAAGGUAUUGUACUUGGUGUUUAUCAAGUAGACGGAGAUAAGCCCCCAAAACUGACGGUUAGCGGAGAGAAAUUUGACGAUCGAACAUCUGGAAAACUUACGGAUCUCAUUAAGGAAACUCAUAUUACAGGUGCUUUGGGUAAAGGGAAAGUGUUUAAUAAUGUAGAUCCGGAAUACCGUUCCAUAGCAGUUAUUGGAAUUGGUUAUGAAAACGUUGGUUUUAACGAAAUGGAGGACAUCGACGAAGGCAUGGAAAAUGUUCGCGUUGCAGCUGGAGUGGGUGCGCGCAGUUUACAAAUGGCAUGUUGCACUGAAGUAUAUGUAGAUUCAAUGGAGUAUCCAGAGCAAGCCGCUGAAGGUGCGGCAAUGGCAAUUUGGAGAUAUCAUGAAAAUAAAAUGAAAAAAAAACGUACCAAAACUCCCAAAUUGGAAUUAUAUGAUUCUCCAGAUGUGGAUGCGUGGACUCGUGGUUUAUUUAAAGCAGAAGCACAAAAUCUUGCGCGUCGUUUAAGUGAUACACCCGCUAAUCAAAUGACACCCACUUCGUUCGCACAAGCAGCUGUAGAUGCACUGUGCCCAUGCGGUGUAACAGUCGAAAUCCGUUCCAUGGAUUGGAUUGAACAUUAUCAUUUAAAUUCAUUUCUUAUGGUUGCUAAAGGUUCCUGCGAACCACCCGUUUUGCUCGAAGUUAGCUACUGCGGUACAUCACCCGAAGACAAACCGCUUCUUUUACUAGGCAAGGGAAUAACUUUUAAUAGCGGUGGUUUGUGUUUACGUGACGCACGUGGUAUGGAUGAAUAUCGUGCAGCCAUGGCUGGUGCAGCAGUUGUUGUUGCAACGAUACGAGCAGCUGCUGCUCUAUCAUUGCCGGUAAAUGUUACAGGUGUCAUACCACUUUGUGAAAAUAUGCCAUCAGGUAUGGCUGUCAAACCGGGUGACGUUGUAAAACUUUUGAAUGGGAAAACAUUAGCAGUUCGUGAUCCCGACAAAGCAGGUGUGGUGGUUAUGGCUGAUCCUUUGCUUUAUGCUCAAGUUACUUAUAAACCACGUUUGAUUGUUGAUAUUGCAACACUAGGCUUAGGUGUUGUAAAAGGUUUAGGCGGUAGUGCGGCAGGAGUGUUUACCAAUUCUAAUUCUGUUUGGAAGAGUUUAAGAAAAGCUGGUCAAAUUUCUGGUGAUCGUAUGUGGCGAUUACCACUAUGGAACUAUUUUAAACACCUUGUAACUGAUAAUCCGGGUUUUGAUCUUAGUAAUAAUGGUAAAGGACCAGCUUCAUCGUGUUUAGCAGCUGCAAUCUUACAUGAACUAGUUCCAUGUAUUGAUUGGGCUCAUAUUGAUAUAAGGGGUGUAGGUAUGUUAACAAGAUAUGGUACACUUCCAUAUUUAUUAAGAUAUCGGAUGACUGGACGUCCCACACGUACUAUAAUUCAAUUCUUAUACCAAAUGGCUUGCCCAGAUCAAAAGUAAUAUUUUACUUUAAAUUAUUAAUUUGCAUGAAAAAACCAGAUUUGAUCGAGGUAUAAUUUAUAUAUAAAUUAAAUGUGGCUCAAAUGAGACUUGAAUUUUCUAUGUUCCAAAAUGUGUUUUGUCUAUAUAUAUUUGUGUUGAAUUGU